AUGGCACAUAGUAACAAUGUCACAGAAUUUAUCCUCCUGGGCCUUUCUCAGGAUCCCAAUGUCCAAAGGGCAUUAUUUGUCUUGUUUUUACUCAUCUACACUGUGACAGUGCUGGGCAACCUGCUCAUCAUGGUCACUGUCCUUGCCAGCCCCUCCUUGGGAUCUCCAAUGUACUUUUUCCUUGCCUAUCUAUCAAUCAUGGAUGCUGUUUAUUCCACAGCCAUUUCACCCAAGUUGCUUAUAGAUCUGCUCAGUGACAGAAAGACCAUCUCCUUCCCAGCCUGCAUGGGCCAACUCUUUGUAGAGCACCUAUUUGGUGGUGCUGAGGUCUUCCUUCUGGUAGUGAUGGCCUUUGACCGCUAUGUGGCCAUCUGUAAGCCUCUACACUAUUUAACCAUCCUGAAUCAGCGGGUUUGCAUCCUUCUGCUGAUGGUAACCUGGACUGGAGGUUUUGUACACUCAGCAGUUCAACUUGUGUUUGUGUCUAGUCUCCCUUUCUGUGGUCCCAAUGUCAUUGAUCAUUUCAUCUGUGACAUGUACCCAUUGCUGGAGCUUGCAUGCACAGACACCUACUUUAUUGGCCUCACUGUGAUUGCUAAUGGUGGAGCCAUCUGCAUGGUGGUAUUUACCCUUCUGCUUAUCUCCUAUGGCUUCAUCCUAAAUUCCCUUAAAACUCACAGCCAGGAAGGACGGAAAAAGGCCUUUUCUACCUGCAGCUCCCACAUCACUGUGGUUGUGCUCUUUUUUGUUCCCUGUAUUUUUGUUUAUGUUAGACCUGUUUCUACCUUUCCCAUUGAUAAAUCUGUAAGUGUGGUUUUCACAGUUAUUACUCCCAUGCUGAAUCCUUUAAUAUAUACUCUGAGAAAUUCAGAAAUGAAAAGUGCUAUGAGUAAACUCUGGUGUGGUAGGAACAUAACAAUUUUUGUUGUUUUUCAGUUAUCUUUAUAA